AAUCGUUCUCGUCGGACGUUUAAAACGCUCCUACAUUCGCCUUUAGAAAUCAGUGUGUAAUCGACUUAUCGCGAACGCAGUAGCGUUUCGCAUUCUGUGCUGUGUUUCCAGUGUUUAUCGGACAGAUCCACCUGUGAUAACCGAUUAAGAAACAACCGGUCAAGAUCGCUUGAAAAGGACCAAAACCUAUGGUCGAAACGUGAAACAAAACUUGAUGUUGUUAAUUAUUGCUGGGGACCCUGAACAAUUUUCUUGUUGUCAGAGCAACGAUGUUACCGCCUCGAUAUGUUAAUAUAGAAGAAGAGUGCAAGCGAAAUCCGGAACUCAAGAUGUCAGAUCUACAAAUGUUAAAGGAUUGGAUGGAUAAGCAGCCUCAUAUGCCACAAGUAGACAUGUACUAUAUUGUUUUGUUUUUGCAUAGCAACUAUUAUCGUAUAGAACCGACCAAGAAAACGCUCGAAAAUUUUUUAAACGUAAGGAUGCAUUCGCCAGAAGUAUUCACUAAUAGAGAUGUAAUCACGUGCAAAGAAUUGCGAGAGACCGUCUCUGUCAUAGCAGUCACGCCAUUAGAGCAAAAAACCAAGGAAGGAUACAUCAUUACAUUUGGAAAAUUUUUGGAUCCGAAUCCGGAUAAAUUUAACUUUUUCGAAAGUAUUAAGUAUUUGCUUAUGGUAUGUGAAGUGCAGAAUAUUAUACAUGGCACCAGCGAGGGACAGGUUACUGUUGUUGACGCAGCCGGUUUGACUCUUAGCCAUAUCGCUAGUUUCAAUUUACCAGCAGUAAAAAAGAUUUUAUUCUAUAUACAAGAAGCAGCUCCAGUUCGAUUGAAGGCUUUUCACGUAUUGAACACUAUGCCCAUAUUAGAUACAUUUUAUAAUGUAAUAAAACCCUUCAUAAAGAAGGACCUGCUGCAUUUUCAUUCGAAUAUGGAAACCGUGAAGAAAUAUGUGCCUAUAGAGAGUUUGCCAAAUGAAUAUGGUGGGACAGCGGGACCUAUCAAGGAAAUAACAGCCAGGUAUAUUAAAGUACUGGAAGAAUUUCGCGAUUGGUUUCAGUAUGACGAAAUUCACAUGCGAAUAAACGAAUCUUUGGGAGUUGGCAAGUGCGAAAAUGCAGAAAAUCUAUUCGGUGCAGAUGGUAGCUUUAAAAAGUUGGAGCUAGAUUAAUCACCC